AGUACAAAUUUCUUUAAAUAAUUUGGGUGUUAUUCUUCUUUCUUUUUCUGCUUCAACUUCAGCACCACCCCUAUGAAGCUUGCUGUGAAAAUGGAGUGAGCUUCUUUUUCCUUCGGCCACCAUCCGUCUUCGUCACUUCUUCAUUCUCUGCCAAUUACGUCAAUUCACGCAGAUCUGGAACUCAGAGACAGAAUCCAUGUUGCCAUUGUCACGUAUGGCAUAUGAGCCAUCUUGGUGUCGUAUGGUAGUGAUGGAACAUUCACGUAUGGAAACUUAUUCCUUGGAACCUGAGGAUCGAAAAAGGAUGUUCAUUUUCGGUAUGGGAUUUGUCGGCCACUGUUUUGCUCAACAGCUCAAGAGCCAAGGAUGCUUCUGAAGUGGAUUAUCAGGGAUGUGUCUGGUACUUGCACAAGCAUUAUGAAGAAGAAGCAGCUUGCAGACUGGGGAUUUGAUAAUGGUAUUUACCAUUUUGACGCAAAUGAGCCAGAAUGGAGCAUCCUAGAUGUUCUGAAUAGUCACACACACCUACUUGUUUCAAUCCCUCCUUUUGCGAAUAUUGGUGACCCGUUGCUUCAGCAUGAAGAGCUUUUAAAGAAAAAACUUAUGGAUGGAAAUCUUCAGUGGCUUUGUUAUUUGUCAACAACAAGUAUAUAUGGAAAUUGUGGUGGUGAGUGGGUAGACGAAGAAUAUCCUGCUAGCCCAACAAGUGAGUUGGCUAAGCUGAGGCUAGCCGCUGAGAAGAGAUGGUUAGAUCUUGGCCAUAGUCUUGGGAUCAAAUCGCAUGUAUUUCGGCUUGGAGGUAUCUAUGGUCCUGGUAGAAGCGCUGUUGAUACGAUAAUCAAACAGAAGGACUUGUCAGCAGGUCAGAGAAGGAGAACACGUAAGUUAUACACAUCAAGAGUUCAUGUAGAGGACAUUUGUCAAGCUCUUAGGGCCAUUACUUUAGCCUAUUUCCCUGGGAAAGUGCUCAACAUCGUUGAUGAUGACCCAGCUGCCAGGGAAGAAGUAUUUGCAUAUGCAAAGUACUUGAUUGAGAAGAAAUGGCCUGGUCAGAUCAAAUGGUCUGCUGAGCAAGAAGAAGGUUUAGUCACUGUUAAGAAAGAAAGUUCAUUUGGGGAGAAGCGAGUUUCCAAUGCUCGUAUGAAGAAGGAACUCGGAGUAAAGCUUCUCUAUCCAAGUUACAGGUCUGGAUUGCAGAGUAUUAUUGACCAAAUGGAGAACCCUUUUUAACAAAGUUUAAGAUAAUGCUGAAAUAUGUAAAUUUGUGUUAACCCUGCCUAUUUCUAAUUCUGUUUUGUCUAUUAAUUAGUUGUAACUAUCUUCUCUAUCAGAUAUUAUAAAUACGACCAGUCUUAGCUUAAAAGCUCAUUUCAUUCUUCACUAUUCCAUCUUUCUUGUUUUCUCUC